UGUGGUACACUAAACCGCAACCGAGCAUCACCACCAUUUCGCUCACCACGACUGCCUACGAGCCGACUAUUGAAUCUCAAAGCAACGUUGGGGGAGAAAUAGACCUAGACCUCUCAGAGACGGUCGAGACCCCCACGCUUCUUGAGCUUGAGCUUGAGGUACCGGUACCUUCCCAAUUUGGUUUACCUAGAGGUACCUAAACACAAGCACUCAACCCUCGGCUUCGGUGGAGGAGUUUUACCACUACCACCAAACAGACCAAACCCAGCUGGUCUCAUUAACCACUCUUCCCAUACCUUGAGAGUGGUCAUCAACAGGCCAUAAAGAAGAAACAUACCGUGCUGUGAUGUAUAGCCUCCUCAGGCCAGCAGCAGCAGCGCGCAGAUUUUCAACGCGACCCCUCCCCUCCCAGAUCAGCACUCCUAUCAGCAGCACCCAGAGAGUACCACUUCCAGUACCUGCCACUCAGAAGACUCUCACUCAGAAGACUCUCAGAGGCUCAAAGAGGCUCAUUCACACUUCCCGAGCUAGAGCUACUAGUAGCCUUCCGCAAGGGCAGUCACAGCAACAAAAGAUGGAUACUACUUCUACUACCACCACCACCAAAGCGGACCCCGCAACGGGCACCUCAAGCACGUCACCCGUCCCCGGUAGCACCUCAUCCACUUCCACUUCCACCACCCACCCUACGGCCUCCGUCGCUGAUGACACCCCCCGUCGGCCAACCCAAUUCGGCCCAGAAGAAGUGAACGACGACCCCCUCGCCGACCCCCUCUCUGUAGAGCACCAAAAGCUCGAAAACAACAAUAACCCCCUCCCUCUACCCUCUCCAGAGACGGCCACCCCCGUUUCCCCAGAUCAACAACCAAAGGUAGUCACGGUCAACGGACAAGCUGUUGCCUUGGAUAAUCUGGGCCCAAUGGUGGUGCAUAAAGAUGGUACGAUUUCGCGGAUUGCAAAUUGGCCCGAGAUGACGGAGAUUGAAAGGGAGAAUACCCUGAGGAUUUUGGGCAAGAGGAAUCAGUUGCGGUUGACGAAUUUGAGGGAGGGGAGGGUGAAUGGGGAGGGGAUGUAACUGUGUAUAUACUAUGUAUUUGUGUAAGAGGGUUUAGGGAAGAACAACUGAUGAGAUAAAACAAACAAAGAGUAGUGGGUUAGGGGAGUUAAAACCCCGGUUUCAUAACUUCAAGGCCGACUGUUUAUGUUCCUUGUACUAUACUUUGCAUUUCUCUCGUAUAUUCAUG